CCAAAUAAAGACUCGAGCCAAGGCAGCAACCCGAAGACCGUAACACAGUUUCCAUUAUCCGGCGCCAUCCAAUCGCUUCGAUCUCCUCUGAUUUUCGUACCGUUUUUGAACAAGAAAAACAAAUGGCUGCUGGUAAGGUGGCUCAUGUCACACUUAAAGGACCAAGUGUCGUCAAGGAGAUAUUGACAGCAAUGGGAGUUGCUUUGUUUGCUGGUAGCUUUUGGAAAAUGCAUCAAUGGAAUGAGCAGAGGAAAGUGAGAGCUUUCUACGAUCUACUGGAGAAGGGUGAGAUCGGUGUCGUUGUCGAUGAAGAAUAGAUAGAUCGUUCAAUCUAUCAUGAUCUUGUUUAACACAUUGGUCAACAUGUUUAGUAUUUGCUCUUGGAUUAGAGAUAACAUGCUUAUGUUUUGCAACAAUUUCUGCAAAUAAGACAUGAUGGAGGGAGACAGAUUUUUCUGGACUUGUAAACCCUGUUUCGUGAUUUAUUAUGCUACUGUGCAUCACAUUCAACUUUUUUCUCACCAGAGAUGAAAGCCUCAGUCCCCAUCCCCUAUUGCUUGGUUUCCUCAAUAAACAGGACAACUUGUGAGUUUUAUGAAC